CCUCCCACGUUCACUGUGACUCCAAAUGUCACUUGCUGACUGCCACUUCCUCCACUCACUCUGGAUUUUCCUUACAAAACUCAGGAGCCAAAUCUCUCCGCUCUCAGUUUCACCAACGCCGCCACCCCGACUGGACUUGUCUUCCACCCCCGGCACCCCCAGGCACACCUACCCCCCAUCCAGGACCACAGAAUCUGACAAUGAUGCAGCUCAUGAAGGUGUUGCUUUUUCUGGGGCCAUUGACAGCCUGUGCUCAGGAUAUACCAACGAGCACUAUCAAUGGAGCAGCCCUUUAUGGUGGGACUGUCGAACUGAAGUGCGAUCCUUCCAUACAAAACCCUGGCAUCCAAAAGGAAACAUUUUACUGGCAAAUGCAAAAGUCUUCUCAUGCCGAACCUCUAUUUGAAAUGAAGGGCAAUGUUUCGUUGGCCGAGUACGUUGAGGAGAGGUACAGAAAUCGCACCAAGCUGAAGGAAAACUUUGAUUUGUACCUGUACAAUGUUACCAUCGAGGAUGAAGGGAAGUACGAGUGCUACAUUGCAAAAGAACAUGCAAGAUGGCAAGAUAUUGCCCACAAAUGUGUGUUCAACUUGAAAGUCAGCGCUAACUUUUCUCCUACUGAAUCUCAUUCCCCUCCAAUACACAACAUGACACGGGGAGAAAACAAAACGCUGGAAUGUUCUUUAGCAGGUGGUUAUCCCAAGCCAAGUGGAUUGACAUGGACAGUGGUCAACAGCGGUGGAACCUUUACAAUGAAGGAGAAUGUCAAUAUUUCUGAAGAUGCCCAGACCAAAUUAUACAACAUUUCCAGCACUUUGUCUGUCCUGGUAGAUGGAAAUACCACCAUUUUCUGUUCUAUUCUGCAGGGAGAUGAAAACAGUGAUAUCUAUAAUUUCAGCAUCCUAGUAGCAGCAGAAAACAACCAAUCUACAAAGGCCCCACCUACAGACACGAAGAAACCUGUUGUGGAAGUCUCCAUAUACAUAGCCUCUGGAUUAGUUCUACUAUUUUUACUAGUGACCUUAAUUGCGAUUUUUCUAAAGAAAAGGAGAAAGAGAGCCUGUUGUACAGAGGCCUGUAAUGGCCACACUCCUGUACGGCAGGCAGAGGAAAACACAGAGGAGGCCCCACACCAGGAGGAAAUCAUUGAGCUUGUCGAUGAAGGCCACCGGAAUGGAUCAUGAUGCUCUCCUACCUUGUAAAGUCCUUGUGUAUCCCAGGUUCUGACUGUGUAUCAGAACCCUGCAAUAGAGUGGAUAACUCCCCAGCAAUAUCUUCUUAAGGAACUGAAAUUUACUGCACUAGGCUGUUCUUGAAAUUAUAAAUAUAGCAUUUCUUAAGAAACGUAUCGCAUAGCAGAGAAAUGAAAUCACACCAGAAAAAAACAAAAAACAAACCAAGAAUUCAGCUUUAUGAAACCAACGUAUUGUUAGGAUCCAUUUCAAGAUUUCAAAAAAAGAAGAUGGGUUGUGAAGUUUCAAGUUUCAACAUUAAAAAAGGAUUUUUUUUUUUACAAGAGAUGUUGGUACGGUCCAGUUCCCGUAAUGAAAAUGAAGAACAUCAUUGUUGUAUUGGGCACCAGAAACUCUCAGCAAAACUAGAAGAUGACGUGUAGAUAAGUUUGCUAAAGAGAACUAUGAAGACAUCUUACAGAACAUUGCUGGAAUGUCUCAGGGAUCACAUUAUUCGUUAACUAUCCAGACACUAUUAACUCAGUUCUCAAAAUUGCGUGGGAUGACCAGGGGCAUCAGCUAUGGAUUUAAAUGCCCUCAUCCUGAUUUACCAUGUGGUGGUGGUAAAUGUCUCUCCUAGAUUAUCAAAGUCAGUUGAAACGCUCCAUUUUCCUAUUUAAUUAUACUUAUUAGAGGCAAAAAUUAAUGGUCAUAAUUCAUCUCGUUUUCAUAUGGACUGUUACCUGACUCUUCCAAGUUGACUAGUCAUGCAUCCGAUGAUCACAACCCUAUAGAUACUUCAAAGGAGAUAAUAAUACAACAUAGGGUCCAUGAGGAACUAUAAGUUGUGGUCAGACAGCUUGAGCUUGACUAAAGCAUGACACCUUCUUAGAAACCACUUCUUCUGAAAAUACAAAGGGAAAUUGGAACAAAUUGAAAAAAUUAACCAACACCAGGAGACUAUGCAAAAGACUUGAGUCUAUCAAGGGGUUUGUCCUUGAGAGAAAAAGGAUCAGUAAAAUGUGCCAAUUUAACUUUCUCUUGAUUAUGACACCCAUCACAUUCAAGCACCAACUGAUUUAUUGCUUGCUAUGAUACAGCCUAAACAACUCCAUACUGGGACUGUAGGUGACCAUUAUUUUUAUGUUAGAACAAAGAUGUUCAACCUGGUGGCCUUCUGAACUUUCAGCUGUUAGGCGGCCAAAAAUUGUAGUCCAUGAAUUUUCACUUGAUACUGGAUAACCGCAGGUUGCACAGCCCAUCAAAGCUGAUGCAUAAUGCACUUUACUGCUAUAAACACAUGGUACAGUUCUUCAAAGCCAUGAACAUUACUCUAAUUAAAGUAAAUGUAGACUCUCAACACAAAUUAAUAUAACAUUCAUCGAAGUGCACUUCGAAGCAUUUUUAAAAUUUACAUUUUGGGGUUUUUUGAAAAUUUUUGAUAUAUAAAAUUUUUUACACUACUAAUAUAAUGAAACCAGCAUUUGCUUAGUAGUUCUUCUGACCCACCUGAGAGUCAGGAGAAAAUAUAAGGAGAAAAAGAAGAGCAACGUCUUCUGAUAUUGCUCUACUUACAAUAGAGUAGAGAAGAGUCAACUGACCUUUAGUGGCGUAUUUAUUAGCACCGGAGAAGAUGUUGUCCAUAGACCGAUGUUUCAGAUGUUUCAGACCCCACUGGGCCCUUUUUCAAUCCUGAAAAAUGGCCCAGUGGGGUCCGAAACGUUGCCUGCCUUACAUUUUGGAGGGCUAAAUAAAUUUUUCUAACUUGUAGGUGACUGUUGAGAUCUAAUUGCUGAUUGGUUGCUAUGGACAACAUUUUCUCCAGUGCUAAUAAACGUAUAAGCGAGCACCUAUCACUAUCACAACGGAUGUUUAUCACACCUGUAUGGGUAAGAGCACUCUAAUUUUUUGUUGCAUCGUUACCUACAAGUUAGAAGACAAGAGCAAAGAUCUGUUUGGUUGUUAUGGACAACACCAAUGGUGAUUUUUGUCUCCUGUUAAUAAAUAGGCCCUUAUUAUUUCAAAGUAGUGCAACAUCGGAAGGCUCUUCUUCAUGUGAAAUGUUCUCCAAACUCCCCACUGGUGGGUCAGAAGAUCUGUCCAGUGUCAACGACACUGUUGUUUCAAGUUCAUUAGCUUAGCAGUUUAAAAAUUACUAAUUUGAAGAUCUGAACAGUUAUGCAAAUUUUAGGCACUUUUUUAAGGGGUUCUACUUACUUUAAGUUAUUAUUCUAUUUAAUUCAGAUGGCUUUGGUAGCUUUGGCUUAUCUCAUUUUUAUUUUUCAGAGUAUAAUUUUCUAUUUUUUUGUUUCGUAAAAAUUAUUUUAUAGUGUAUAUUAGGUCAUGUUUUAAAGUGUAUUUUAAAUUUUUUCUGAUUUUUUUUAUUUGCACCUUGCUAUUUUUAAUCAUGUAAGUAAGUUAAUCAUGAGUAGGAACUCAUGCAUCAUCUCAGGGGUCAGGGUAGUUUCUGUUCUGCCUCUAAAACACAAGUUCAAGUACUGUAAGAUUUGCUCUGGUUCCUGUUUAUCCACUUUCUUGAUGUAAGGGGCCCGUACUACUCAUACUAACUAAUGUGAUACAUUUAGUAGAAACAGGAGAAUAGGGUAGGAGAAGGGCUGCGGUUAAUUCAGAUGAUAAUCACAAGGCCAUUUCAGAAUAACCAAGCCCAGUUGGGUAAUUUUUUACAAAAAAAGGGGGAGCACCUACUAUGCUUCCUUUGUACGUCGUUUGGUUAUAUCUUGUUUGUAAACAUUCUGGGGAAUUCUGUGGAAUCUGAAAUGUAUACAUUCAAUAGAUAAGAGAUUUCUACAAUUAAAAGAAAAACAUUCAUAGAAUAUAUUAAGAUCCUCUUAUAAUGGAAUUAUUUUUUUCAAAACUUUUUUUAAUAGACACAUAUUUAUAGGUGUUUCAUUUUAAAUAAACUUAUUUUAAAGUCUAGUUAAUUGAAGAACAGAAAAUACUUUUUUUAAAUUAAAAAAAUAAUUGUUCAAAGGGCUAAGAAAAAAAAGAAGAAAAUAUUUAUUCAAACGUUUUCGUUUUUAUAUUCAGUACUUGCACAUGGUGUGGACGAUAGUAGAAUCGGUGACACAUAGAAAGGUGUCAAAACAUCCCUUGUGCCUUUAACCUGAAGGUUUAUAAGAAAAUGUACUAUUUUUCUAUUUAAAUUAUUUUGACUAUUUAUACAAAUCUAAUUUUAGACAAAAAAAAGUUUUUGUUCAUAAAGAAAUUCAACUGAUCUUUUAACCAAAGUUUGGAUCGAAUUUCUUCAGCACCCAAAGCUAUGAAACCUGCCACCACGAAUCAAAUCUAUGUUAGAGAAUGAAUUGUAUUGAUAUUUUAGUUAAAAAGGAGGUAAUAAAUAUGAGGAAAUGAGAAAAAAUUCAAAUGAAAAAAAAAUGCAAUUAAAGUAGAUAUUUGAUAAAAACAUGUUUAGAAAAUAAUUAAGUCCAUUAGUUUAUAAAGGGAAAAGUUUGAAUAAUCAGAGGAUUUGACCAAAAACGAAAAAAAUACAAUAUUGUAUUAAUAAUGUACAGCAUCCUGAAUAUUGAACUGUAGGCUCUAGUUAUCUGCACUAUACCCUCUGCUUUUUAUACUGAUUUCCUUGGAAAUUCUUGGAACUGCUAUAUCUUGGUUUGCUAAAAGUGUGUUUUUUUAAAAACCAGAACUAAUAUUUUUAGUAACGUUGACUCAUUUUUUUUUUAUUAUUAUUGUUACAUUUCCUAGAACUGAUUUUAUGUACAACUAAAGUCUGGAUGAGUUAUUUAUCCAGGUUUUUUGUUUUUUUUUGUAACAGGAUAUUUGCCCUUUUUGGUAACUGACUUGAGAAUAACUGAAAAAAUCUGUAAUGUGUAAUAUAUAUAUAUAUAUAUAUACACACACACACACAGGUAUGGGACCUGUUAUCCAGAAUGCUCGGGA